AGGUGUGGGUGCAUCAAGUGGGCACACUUGUGCAGAAUAAAAAGGGUGCGUGCGUUCUUAUUUGUUGGUUGCUCCAACCAUUAACCAAUCAGUGCAAGAGAAUCGCCCUCCAUCUUCUUUCUUCUUCAAUUCAUUCCGAUGGCGAUUCCGUUGCCCUCUCUCGAUCUCACUCACCACUCCGAUUUCGAACCCUUAGUCUCCCCAGACGGUUACAUCUCCAUUUGCGGCUACGGUUCCCUCCUCUCCGAGACAAGUGCCAGAACCACUUUCCCCGACCUCGUCAACUUCCGAAUCGCCCGGUUAACUGGUUUCCGCCGUCUCUUCAACUCCGUCGGACGCAUCUUUUUCACUCACCGUGUUGCCAAUAUCAAAACUCAGGAAAUUGCUGGCCUUUCUGUUGAACCAUGUGAUGGUGAAUUCGUUGUUGUAGCUGUUUUUGAGAUAAAGAACACAGAGAUUCCAGCAUUUAUUGAAAGGGAGCGCGAAUAUCGUUUUUUAGCUGUUGUCCCUGAAACACUAGAUGGGAAGCCCUUUAUCAAUCCAGCAGUUCUCUGUGCUUCUUACACUGAUGAGGAAUUCUUUAAAUUUAGAUGCAGUGAGGGCAGGGAAAAAUAUUUUGAACAAUACGGAGAAUAUAAGAUCCAUAAGAUUUGGCGGGAUGAUGUUUUCCCAUGCCGUGUUUAUCUUCGUCACUGUGUCCUGGCUGCAAAAAGCCUUGGCGAUGAAGUCCACAAUAACUUUUUGGAUCAUACUUUCCUUGCUGACCGUAAAACGACCAUACGUCAGUACUUUGAAAAAGUGGGUACAAGCAUCUUGGAAGAAGAGCCACCUGAGUCUUUGAAAACCCGUUAUGGUGGUUGAUUGAUGUCAUCAGAGAGUCGAUACUCGAUACAGUUCUCAAUUCGCCAUUUCUGAAUUUGGCUGUUCCAAUUAUUUCUUAUUAUAGCAUCUGCCAUCUGGAUUGAAGAUUGAAGAGUCACUGUGGCGAACGUUGAAUGGCGGUGACAAGUAGUAGUUGUUAGAAAACCAACAAAGCAGAUUUCUAUUUUCUAGGAUGAAGAUAUAUUAAUAAAUUAAUAGGGCCAGCAAAUGUUUAGAAUAAUAUUUAUAUAUUGUGAAUAAAUUGCUGGUAACAGUGCCCGUUCAACAAAUAUUUAUAGAAAAAUGUUUGAUUGCAAUAUUUUUCCUCUA